AUAAAAUAUGUGGUUGACGGAUGGGUAACGUUAGUGAAAUAUUUUGAUUUGUGAUAUUAUCAGGCUAGUUUUGUUGCGAAAAUCUGGCAACCCUUCAGGAAAGACCAGACCAUAGCUUCAAGAAUCGGGGGUGGUGACUUUUACCAGUUAGUUGCCUCUGUUGGAAUAAACCGGACUGUUUUGCUUCUCAAGUUCGUCAUUUCAAGGUUGCCGUUUCUCUUGGUGUCCUCCUGACUGCAUUGAUAUUGUUUUUUGUGAAAAUCUAGCAACCCUGCAGAGACCGCACCAUAGCCUUUUAUGCUACUACUAUUUACUGUAUGUCAUAUACGUAUGUUAUUUUUAAUGUAAACUUUAUAAAUGCUUUGGCGACACGUUUGUCAUACCAAUAAGGAUUUAUUUAUACAAAAUAUAGGAGUAGUGGAAUAUUUUGAUUUGUGCUAUGAUAAGGGUAGUUUUGUUUUGGAGUUUUCGAAAAUCUGGCAACCCUGCAGGAAAGACCAGACCAUAGCUUCAAGUGUCCGGGGCGGUGACUUUUACCAGUUAGUUGGACUCUGUUGGAAUAAACCGGAUUGUUUUGCUUCUCCAAUUUAGUUCGUCAUUUUAAGGUUGCCGUUUGGUGUCCUAACUGAAUCGACAUUAAUCAUGAAGCAUGCUGUUAAAAAGCAAGAGCCUACUGCGGAACGGGAAGGUCCGUCGAAGACUCCUGUUAAAAAGUUAACCUGUAAACUGUGUGGCAAAGAGUUCAGCCGAAAAACACAUAUGGCGAGUCACAUGCGCAUACACACCGGAGAGACGCCGUUCGUCUGUGAGCUCUGUGGGACCGGGUUUCGCUGUAAAGCAUGGCUUAAAGUUCACAGGUUCAUCCACACGGGCGAGAAACGAAAAGACGCGAAGAACUACCCCUGUGAUCAGUGUGGGAAGAAGUUCCACUGUUCAACCUCUCUGCAGAGUCAUUUAUACAAACACAGAGGAGAAAGGCCGUUCGCCUGCUCUCACUGCGACAAAACCUUCUUCAGUCAAACCAAUCUGAACAGACACCACAAGGACUGCCAUUCUGGGAAGCAGAUCAGCUGCCCUGUGUGUGGAAAUGGGUUUUCACGGCGCACGACGAUGGAGAAGCACAUGCGGAUUCACACAGGAGAGAGACCUUACUCCUGUCCACACUGUGGAAAGACUUUCCCCUAUAAAUACAGCUUUGACAUGCAUGUUAAACGACACUCAGCCAAAAGCUAAUAUAAUAAGCGAUAAUGCAUGUCACGAGUUUCUUAUUGACCACGUUGAAAUGCAUUUGUUUACAUUGUCAUUUAGCAGAAGCUAUUUACAGUUGAGGAGGCAUUCCGCGAUAAAACAAAAGGCAAUACUCAUGAGAAGUGCUAUUUAUACACAAGAAACUGUAUUGAGGUAAAGUUGGUUUUGUAUUCGCACUUUUUGACCAGUGACCAUUUCUGUAUAAUGUUUACCAAAUAUGUAUGGGAGAGCAGGGCACAUAAUAACACUUUUUGGUUUUCGUCAAAUAAUAAGCAAAGUGUAGAGGUUAGACAAACCAUUAGUUUUUUUUUACCAACAAAACACAAGCCUCUUCUACAAAUGAGCACAGAAAGUUGUGACAGACAGAGAGUUAGUUGUAAUACAUGCUUUAAACUGCAGAUUACACACAGUUAAUUUAAAUUUAGUUUAACAUUAAACAGUCGCUUUAUUUCCUCAGUACUUAGCUCAAGUUAUUUUUUAUUCUACAUAGCACAGUAUGUUUUUCUUAUUCAUUCAUUUUCUUGUUGGCUUAGUCCCUUAAUUAAUCCGGGGUCGCCACAGCGGAAUGAACCGCCAACUUGUCCAGC